GGUUGGCAACGCACGUGUCACAUCACCCUUCAAGUGCCAACAGCAGUCCCGUUUACUGGUAAACUUUGAACCAGGCCCAAAAAAACAGAAAAACGCCUCAAAAGUUACAUUACUAGUGUUAAAAUUCAAAGAAAAUAGACAAAAUGUUCAUUUGGGACUGGUUUACUGGCGUCUUGGGUUAUCUAGGCUUGUGGAAGAAGUCGGGCAAGCUGCUCUUCCUGGGCCUCGACAAUGCGGGAAAAACUACUUUGUUGCACAUGCUCAAGGAUGACAGGCUAGCGCAGCAUCUUCCCACACUGCAUCCUACGUCGGAAGAGUUAUCUAUCGGAAACAUGCGAUUCACGACGUUCGAUCUAGGGGGUCACUCUCAAGCGAGACGUGUAUGGAAAGAUUACUUUCCGGCAGUUGACGCGAUAGUAUUUUUGAUAGACGCCAACGAUCGCGCCAGAUUUGAAGAAAGUAAACAGGAGUUGGUGUCACUUCUAACGGACGAAACUCUCUCGUCUUGUCCUGUACUCAUUUUGGGCAAUAAAAUUGACUUGCCAGGAGCCGCGUCCGAGGACGAGAUCAGGAUGUACUACGAUUUGUACGGGCAGUCGACUGGAAAGGGAAAAGUGCCACGAUCGGAGCUAUCAGCGCGCCCUCUUGAGCUGUUCAUGUGCUCGAUCCUCAAGAGGCAAGGUUACGGUGAAGGGUUCCGUUGGCUCGCACAAUACAUCGAUUGAACAACUCAGUAACGUUAUCGGUGUGACAACGGACUGUUUAUAUACUUGUGAAUUUGUAUACCGUUAAGAAUUCUAAAAAACCUUGCGAAUUGUCACGGGUAAAAUUUCGUUUGUUUAUAUUUUAAGGUUGUAUUGUCUUACAUUUCACGAAAUCAUUUAUUAAAAUGUAGCGUCUUAAGUGUUAUUCAAUUGUUUGCAUUUACCCGUGACUCAAUUCGGUAUCGUUUUAACCCCCCCUAAAAAAAUUGUGUCCAUUUUUUUGCAACUGAACUUUGAUUUUUGUCAAUGUUGACGUGUUUAGGCAAAUAUUUAGUCCAUUGUUUGAACCACCGCAAGUUAUUAGCGAAUAACGGCACUGGUUGCUAGUUACCUACGAUGGUUUGGUGUAAAUUAUUUAAAUCAAUUUCAAAAACAAUAUUUUUUGUUGAAUAAAACCGCUUUGUAUAAACAA